GCUAUGGGGCUCUUGUCAAAUAAAUUUAAACCCAAUUUUUUGGGUUUAUUAAAAUUUUUGAACAGUUUAAACUUCUUUAUAGUGUUCUUUAGUUUAAUAAACCUUUCUGUAUGUAUAUAUGAGGAUCAAAUAGGAAAAUUCGAUUGGCGUCAAAGUUAUGUAGGAAGAAUAAAAUUUUCAGAGUUCGACACAGUCUCAACAGCUAAGAAAAUAAUAGUCGCCACCGAAGAGAAUGUUUUGGCCGCUUUGAACUUAAAGACAGGUCAAGUGGUAUGGAGGCAUGUGCUGGAGAGUGCUUCUACAGGCAACAUCCAGCUUCUCCAUGUGUCAAAGAGGGUGGUAACUGUAACAGGAGCGAACCCAUAUCUCGUCAGAGGAUGGGAUCCAGCUACAGGUGUCCUUAUAUGGGAAUGGUCACUGACCCUCCAGAAUGACGAUCAUGCUGACUUCUCGGAGUGGUGGGUGCAAGAGUAUAAUGUAUUAGUUCACAUGUUGCCAAUCUAUGGCUCCCACAUUGAAGUCACCAUGUACAACUUAGUGACAGGACAUAACAGAGGGGCCACAUCUAAGUUACCAGCUGUAUGGACCAAUGAUGGAUGCAUUCUGACAGCACCAUAUUACACAUGCAUAGGAAAAGAGCUCAUACAUUCACUCGACGUCACAUCUAAUGCAAUUCAACUGAUAAGCAAACCACUGUCACUGUACGUUCCCAAUGCAGGAGAUGUGACUCUUAGACCAUUAGACGGUAACAGCAUCUCACCAGGAUUUAUUAUCAAUGACAAGAAAAUAGUGAUUAUAAAGAAUAAUGACUUAAAACUUCUGGAAACUGCACUUGGGGAUCAGUCAGCUAGCGCAAGUAUAAUUGACAGUUCCAGUGGUCCAAUACUUGUGCAGAGUUGGAGUGAUGAACUAAAGGGAUUCUUCUUAACAGCUCACAGUCUAACAUCAGGCCAGGAGGUACGAGAAAUCCAAUAUUCAGAUAAGGAUCUACACAUACCCGAGCCAGAGAUAUCGGCUGCGGUGUGUUCAUCAGCGAGGGAGAACAUCUGCAGAUUCUUCGUGACCGGGGCGGAUGACGCCGCCCAUCUGUUGCAACAAGGAGGCCGUGUACUGUGGACUCGGGAGGAAGCGCUCGCAAAUGUUGUGGCAGUGGAAUUUGUCGAUUUGCCCGUAUCGGAUCUCGACGCUGCAAUUGAAUCAGAGUUCGAUCAAAAAGAGGCUGCCAAGAUGUACAGUUCAAUAUGGGCGGCGUUCUCCCGACGACUGCACACGCAACUGCAGCAGUUGCAGGCGUUACUGCAGUCUCUGCAGGGCGAGAGGACCGCGGGCAAUGACCCGGAGCCCCUCGUCCGAGAUUACUUCAACUUACACAAGAUUAUCGUGCUCGUCACUGAUGUUGGCAAGAUUUUCGGUAUGGACAACCUGUCGGGCGAGCUGCUGUGGCGGCGCUACGAGCCGCAGCUGGACGCGGACGGAGCCCUCAUAUUCACCAGACGCUCGGCCAGACAUCCGCCACAUGACGCCUACAUCACUAUCGUGGGCAAACACGAGGAAACCGGUAAUGGGCUAAUCAUUAAUUUGAACCCUAUCCGCGGUGUUAGCGUCGGUGAUAGUCGCUUGCAUUUGGACGCCCCAUUACUACAAGUGGCAAUGCUACCACGUGCAGACGCGGAUAAGCUACACGCACUAUUACUACUCGACUCACACCGCGACGUGCUGGUUUUACCGCUGUCAGCGGCGCCACUGGUACAGGACAUGUACAUGUAUGUCGCUGAGAAAGAAACAGCGAAGGUGCAAGGAUACUCGCUCAGAUAUGAUGGAGUGCGCGUGGUGGCGCAGCAGACGUGGUCGCUGUCGCUGGGCGGCGGUGGUGGUGGUGGCGGUGGUGGCGGUGGUGGCGGCGUGCGCGUGGUGCGCGCGGUGACUGCGGGCGCGGUGGGCGCGGCGGCGGGCAGCGUGCUGGCGGACCGCAGCGUGCUCUACAAGUACCUCAACCCCAACCUCGUGCUGUUCCUCGCUGAGGGACCGGACCCCGUGCAUAAAGACGUGGUGGUGGCGUGGGUGGUGGACGGCGUGUCGGGCGGCGUGGUGGCGGCGCAGACCACGCGCCGCGCCCGCCUCGCGCCCGCCGCGCCCGCGCUGCUGGCCGGACACGCCGCCGCCUACGUCUACUACAGCGACAAGCAUCGACGACACGAGAUCGCUACAAUGGAACUGUACGAGGGCAAGGAGCGUUGGUUACCGGCGGGCGCGGCGUUCAGUUCGCUGACGUGCGAGCGAGCGCCCAGCGUGCAGCGGCAAGCUUACAUCCUGCCCGCGGCGCCGCUCGCCGCCACCUUCACCGUCACUGAGAGAUCGCUCGCAGACAUACACGUUUUAUUGGCGCUGUCGUCGGGCGCGGUGGUGGAGAUUCCGUGGGCGGCGGUGUCCGCGAGGAGGUCGGUCAUCGCCGAUGACGAGGGCCUGCCCCCCUACCUGCCCGAGCUGCCGCUGCCGCACGACGCCGUGCUCUCCUACAACCGCUCGCUGCAGCGGCCACGAGCGCUGCACGCAGCGCCCGCCGGCCUCGAGUCCACCAGCCUCGUGCUGCUCACCGGCCUCGAUCUGUUCUACACCCGAGUGGCACCUUCGAAAACAUUCGAUCUCCUGAAAGAUGACUUCGACUACAACCUCAUCUCUAUAGUCCUGGUGGCGCUCGUGGUGGCCACUUACAGCACCAAGUACUUCGCGUCACGAAAAAUGCUCAGGGUGGCCUGGAAGUGAUGUUUGUAUCCUAUAUAGUGAUUUGCAAUCGAUACCGGCAAUCUGGACUGUGAGACGAGAGUAGUAUGGCUUAAAUUCGUUUGCAGGAACGUCUGCUAAUAAAUUUGAGACUAGAUGGCGCUGUGUGAAUAUGCGCUCAUGCCUAUACUGUCUAGAAGAGUAAAAAAGUAUAAACUAUUAAUUAUACUCAGACACUCUAGUAAUUUCAUAUCAAAUAUGUUAGAAUAGAGGAAAUUCUAUUCUUUACGCUUUGUUAUCUUCUCCUAAUGAUUCACUUUGAUGACCUUAUCCGUAGAAACCUUAAAUUCUUUGAUUUAUAAGUAUUUUAUUUUGAGUUAUGUUCCUUUUAAUAUUUAUUUUAUUUAAAAAUAUUGAAUUAAGGAUAGUAAUUGCUAAUCAAUUUUAUACUCGAUUAUAUAUUCGAUUCAUAGUAUGAUUCCUACAAACGAUUUUAAGCUAUAGGACCCUGAUGAGAUGUCGCUUUUGUAUACAUUUCUAUAGGCGACUUUUAUACUACU